UAAUAUACAAGCACACAGAUGAACAUUCACUUGUGUGCUAGAAAUUAAAGGGUUUCCAAACAAAACGAGCAAUUCAUUUUACACUCAAUCGAUCCCUUUUAAUAAAUGUAUCACUCGGUUCCUAGCAAGUGCUCCUUAAUCAGGACGCAUGAAUUUCACAUAAAAUAGGUACUUUGCUCGUACAAUCUUUCGUUUUUCCUUUAAAAAGGAACGACCUGUAGGUUUCUAAUAGUCAUGAGAACUAUAGGUAUAUAAUAUAUUAUGGAUUGUGAUAGAGAUCACAAGGUUAGUUAAUAACUCUUGUACUGAACGAUUAAGCUGUACACAUUUGAUCAUAGGAGGAGCCGCCGAACGUGUGGAUCGACCCUUUCGGUCUAGAAAUCGAUGCAUGCACGCAUAUUAUAUUCAGUGACACAAGAAUACAAGAUAAAGCAGCAGACGAUAGCUAACCGCGACGAGAAGAUCAUGGAAGAAGAAACACCAUUUUCAUCUAUAUUAGGUAGUACGUGCAGUGCAGAUCGAUCGCUAUUUGUUGUUUAAUUUGUUGGAUAGAUAUGAUCGAGAUAGAUGGCGAGGCCUGAGGCUGAGUCGGGCCCAGCUAGCUGCUGAUCCUGAGAAGAAGAACACGACGAUGAUGAGCAGCCAGCUGCCGGAUGCCUGGGACUACAAGGGGCGGCCUGCCAUCCGCGCCUCCACCGGCGGCUGGUCCUGCGCCGCCAUGAUCCUGUUCGUGGAGCUCAACGAGCGCCUCACCACCCUCGGCAUCGCCGUCAACCUCGUCACCUACCUCACCGCCACCAUGCACCUUGGCACUGCCGCCUCCGCCAACACCGUCACCAACUUCCUCGGGACCUCCUUCAUUCUCUGCCUCCUCGGCGGUUUCCUCGCCGACACCUACCUCGCCCGCUACCUCACCAUCGCCAUCUUCACCGCCCUCCAAGCUACUGGCAUGGCCGUCCUUACCAUCUCCACGGCGGCGACCGGGCUCCGGCCGCCACCCUGCACGGACCCCAUCGGCAGCUGCGAGCCAGCCAACGGGACGCAGCUGGGCGUGCUCUACCUGGGGCUCUACCUGACGGCGCUGGGCACGGGCGGGCUCAAGUCCAGCGUCUCCGGCUUCGGGUCGGACCAGUUCGACGAGUCGGACGCCGGCGAGAGGGGUCGCAUGGCGCGCUUCUUCAGCUGGUUCUUCUUCUUGAUCAGCAUCGGCUCGCUGCUGGCGGUGACCGUGCUGGUGUACAUCCAGGACAACCUGGGCCGGCGCUGGGGCUACGGCAUCUGCGUGGUGGCCAUCCUCGCCGGCCUGCUCCUCUUCCUCGGCGGCACCACCAGGUACCGGUUCAAGAAGCUGCAGGGGAGCCCCGUCACGCAGAUCGCCGCCGUGACGGCCGCCGCCUGGAGGAAGCGCAAGCUGCCGCUGCCGUCCGACCCGGCCAUGCUGUACGAGUACGACGGCGAGAACGUCAAGGGCAAGCAGAAGCUGCCCCACUCCAAUCAAUGCAGGUUCCUGGACCAUGCGGCGAUCUUGGAUGCGGCGGAGGAGAAGAAGAGGUGGACGGUGACGGAGGUGGAGGAGGUGAAGCAGGUGGUGCGGAUGCUGCCGACGUGGGCCACCACCAUCCUCUUCUGGACGGUGUACGCGCAGAUGACCACCUUCUCCGUCUCCCAGGCCGCCGCCAUGGACCGCCGCCUCUCUACCUCCUUCGUCAUCCCCGCCGGCUCCCUCACCGUCUUCUUCGUCGCCGCCAUCCUCUUCACCGUCCCUCUCUACGACCGCCUCCUGGCCCCGCUCGCCCGCCGCCUCACGGGGCACCCGCACGGCCUCUCGCCGCUGCAGCGCAUCUUCGUCGGCCUCCUCCUCGCCGUCCUCGGCAUGGCCGCGGCCGCGCUGACCGAGCGCAGGCGCCGCGACGCCGCCAAGUCGGGCGUGACGCAGAGCGUGUUCCUGCUGCUGCCGCAGUUCAUGCUAGUGGGCGCGGGAGAGGCAUUCACGUACAUCGGGCAGCUGGACUUCUUCCUGCGGGAGUGCCCCAAGGGGAUGAAGACGAUGAGCACGGGGCUGUUCCUGAGCACCAUCUCGCUGGGACUGUUCCUGAGCACGGCGCUGGUGAGCGUGGUGCACAAGGUCACCUCCCGGCGGCCGUGGCUGGCCGACAACCUCGACGACGGGAGGCUGGACAACUUCUACUGGAUGCUGGGUGCCAUGAACGUGCUCAACCUGGCCGUGUUCGUGGCAGCAGCGAGGGUGUACGUCUACAAGGAGAAGCGCCCGGCGGACGCCGGAAUAAUCUCUUCUGCUCACGACGAUGGCGACGACGACGUCCUCGUCCACGCAUAAGUAACUGGCUAACUGCCAGUGGGCAAUGGCAAUGGUACGCAAGGCAAAGCCUUGGAAUUAAUGUAUUGUACAAUAUACGCAGCACGCACAGUAAUAAUCUUGUAAGUAAUUAAUUAAUUGAAGUAGAUACAAUACAUGAUCCUAUAAUUAAGAGAUUACCACCCCACCACCCUCUGGGCCUCUGGCUUACGAACCCAGGCGUAGCGUUUUCUGGGCUGCGAGGGCCUAUA